GCGCGUGAUUCAAUUGGAAGACUUGGAAAUCAUACACAAGUUUAAAGUCAACGCGCAAUCCUCGCGGCAACAGUGUGCGAACUGAUAUUAAGAUUUCAUGAAGAAAACUUUUUUUGUCGAGCUUGCGGCUGGACUAAUAUUUUUCGUUCACGCGGUAAAUCCCCGUUGUCUGAGGAGACUAUGAGACGAAAAAGGAUAUCACCAUGUGUACGCUUCCCGACAAUUACUCAUCUAUUGGUAGGUUUUAUUUGUAUUACCUUCUUCGUCCGGAAUUCAACAUCGCUUGAAACUGUUGAAGUGUACGAAGGUUUGCCGCCUGGCAGUGCAGUUUUAAAAUUGAAACGCAAACCGGGCAUCGUUUACUCUCUUCAUCGAGAUUCCUCCACCGCUGACGGUUUAGGGUUGUUUUACAUAGACUCAAAGGGAGUGCUUACUUCUAAAGUAACAUUGGAUUAUGAAGACGAGCGCGGAAAUGAAUUCGAUUUACUGGUAAUUUCGCGGGAAAUCUCAAAAACAGAAGUUGGAUUUGGAAGUAUCGUACGCGUUCGAAUACUCGAUCGUAACGAUAACCCACCCAAGUUUCCAAACGAGUUGUACUCUUGUUCCCUGUUGGAAAAUAGUCGAACUGGAACUUAUGUACAGGGUCUUGAAAGUGUUUUUGCCAGUGACUUGGAUAGUGGUAAAAACUCUGUUCGAAAGUAUAGCAUCGUGGGUGGAAAUGAGGCGGGAAAGUUUGAUGUUGACGUCGAGGAGCUAAAUGGUGUGAAGUUUUUGCGUCUCAAAACGAAAGCGCUUAUUGAUAGAGAAGAAACCCCGUUCUUCGUGUUAACCGUCAAGGUGGAAGACGGAGGAAUUCCUUCACUCUCAAGUACCACUCAGAUACGAGUCAACAUUCUUGACGAAAAUGAUCAGAUACCGACAUUUAAGCCACCGAUUUAUUCUGUUGCUGUCAGCGAGAACGUACCUAUUGGCACUUCCGUAGUACAGGUGAAAGCUUUUGAUGGCGACGUAGGAACAAACGCUGAAAUUUAUUAUUACUUCAAACCCGAACACGAGUUUUUUACCGUGGAUGCUCAUACGGGAGUUGUGGAGACAGCUUGCGAACUAAAUUUCCAGAAAGGAAAUUCAUUCGAUCUCAGAGUGCAUGCGGUAGAUCGAGGAAAAACUCCUCGACAAACAGAAACUAUUGUACGAAUUCGCCUUGUCGAUAUAGAAAGCUACCCCCCUUUGCUUGGAGCUAAUUCUGCUGAAUCGGCACCACCUGUCUUUCGAAAACACACAUAUUUCGUGAGAAUAAGAGAGGAUUUUCCGGUUGGUGGUGCAGUAGUCCGCGUGAAUGCCCAUCAGGGAGGCCAUCCACUGCACUAUGAGAGAGCGUGGCGGUAUAUUAUUGUUAACAAUCCUGCUAUAAUUUUCCACAUUAAUCCUCGAAGCGGGGUCAUUACUCUUCGUGAACCUUUAGAGUUUGAAAAUCACACUUCAUUUUCGCUUGUAGUUAAAGCACAAGAUGAACAGUCUAAAGAUUUGUACGAAUCAGACGCCCGAGUUGAGAUAGUAAUUCAAGAUGUUCAUGAGAAUUAUUUCGCGCCAAUUUUCUCUCGUUCGAUUGAGGUGGUAUCAAUCUCGGAGAAUUCAGGAAAAAGUACCGUCGUUUCAACGUUUUCAGCUUCUGACGCUGAUUAUGGUAGCAAUGGAGCAAUUGCCUAUAGUGUAUUCGGAGGUUCAGGACUGGGUAAAUUUAAAAUUGAUGAAAACUCUGGACAAGUACGAUCGAUCGUUCGUUUUAACAAUGAAAUGGAGUCACAGUUUGACUUGCACGUGCGGGCAAGCGACCGCUCAAAACAACCGCUUUAUUCCAAUGCCUACUUAUUAAUCAGACUGCAGAAUGGAGGAAAGAAAAGGCCAUUUUUCCACAGUCCACGACAGCUUGUCAGUGUUCGCGAAAACAGCGCAAAGGGGACUUUUGUUGCUCUCGUCAGAGCCAAAAUGCGAACGCAGAGAUCGAACGAUAAGAGACUUUUGGAGUAUUUCGUUUCUAACGGGAACGAGGGCGGCAGGUUUUCGUUGAAUUCCACUUCAGGAAUAAUUUCAACUGCUGGCCAGCUUGAUCGUGAAAGUAAAGAUCUGUAUAUUCUUGAUAUUUAUGCACAUAUUAAGGGUGCUCCAUUAUCAAUGAGCUCCCCUGUUCAAGUUGUCGUCACAGUUUCUGAUGAGAAUGAUAACAGUCCAUCAUUUGAAAAAAACAACUACCAGGUUUUUGUCACAGAAAACAUUGGUAAUAUAUCAAAUUUGCUAUGUCUAGCAGCCUAUGAUCCUGAUGCUGGUAAGAAUGGACACCUCACAUACUCUAUAAUCUCUGGUAAGGGACCAUUUGCCAUCGACCCUGUCCUGGGGGUUUUAUCAGCCAAAAGAUCUCUAGAUUAUGAGAAACAGUCACAGCAUAGACUAGUUAUACAAGCAGCAGACAAUGGCAUGCCAUCGCGGAAGACAACUGUGGAAGUUAACAUUGUUGUGGAAGAUGCUAAUGACGCACCUAUAUUCUCUCAGGAUCAUUAUGAAGUGACUAUAUUAGAAAACACAGAUGUGGAAGAUACUGUAGCUGUGCUAACCACUUCUGAUCAGGACCGGGACAAGAAUGGAAAAUUCACUUGUAGUAUGGAAAACAUGGACCUGGAGACCAUGGACACGUUUCAAGUUAGAAGAACGCCCGAAGGCUGUGCUCUGGUUCUCACUGGCUACUUGGACUGGUACCGUGCAAACCAGUAUUCCUUCUCGGUCCGCGCCACUGACAGUGCCGAGAGCGUGCAAAGGAAGUCUGUCACUGCUAAUGUCACCAUUCACGUGCAAGACACGAAUAACCACGACCCAGAGUUUUUGCAGGCAUCUUAUUGGGUUGCUUUACCUAAUGAUGCCAAUAUGGGUGCAACUGUACUCACUGUCAAAGCGCGCGACUUGGACGAAGGUAAAAACGCUGAUAUACGAUACAGACUUACCAGUGACGUCUUUACUAUUCAUCCUACCAAAGGUAUCAUCACGCUUAAGCAAGGGUUGGGAUCUGUCACCAGCAAGAAAUAUGAAUUCUCAGUCCGAGCAACCGACCAGGGAACGCCUAACAGACAAACUGCCGUGAGUGUUUCUGUGACUGUUCACCCCCUGUCUUACAUCUCUCCAAGGUUUUUGAGGCCUGUUUAUCGAAAAGUAAUCUCUGAAAUUUUCAAAACAGGCGCCGCGCUGCUGACGGUGCGCGCGCCGAAAAGUGUUGAUUUUGGUCGUUCUGUCGAGUACUUCAUUGUGGGGGGUGAUCCACUGAAUCAGUUCAGUGUGGGAACUAGAAGUGGCAUGCUCACCCUCAAAAAACAGUUGGAUUACGAAAGAAUUAAUCACUACGUGUUGGUUGUGCGUGCUGUGCAGAAUGGAGUAUCAUCUUCAUUGCCAACCGAGGUCAAAGUCUUCGUGGAUGUCACAGACGUGAAUGACAGGACCCCACGGUUUGCUCUCCCGGUGGAUCCAUUUGUGAUAACUGUGGAUGAAUUUCAACCCCCAGGAACUCUCAUUGCCGUUUUGAAAGCAUAUGACAGAGACACAGGCAACCAUUCUCUUAUCACGUAUAGACUGGAAGAUGCUAACUUUAAAAUUCACUCAUACCUCGGAACCAUAACGACCAAGCUUGAAUUAUAUCAUUCUCAAGGAGCCUCGCGAUCUUUCGUUGUCACGGCAACCGACUCAACACCCCCAUACCGAAGUGCUAGAGCCAAUGUGGUGGUCAUGAUAAACAAGGCCACCCCUCCCCCAAGGUUUCCCGAUUCGGCGUUGGCCGAAUACGUGCUAGAAGACACACACGUUGGAAAGUCCCCGUUACAGUUACGUUCCCUUGCAGAAAGUCGUCUAACCUUAAAGUACUGGAUAACAGACGGUAACCAAGACAACCAAUGGUGCAUAGACACGACUGGUCAUGUACGAGUUAAUAAACCGCUGGACCACGAACAGAAAAAAUCCUUUCACCUUAAAAUCAAGGUGGAUGAUGGCAUAACAACUCAUAUCGCACCGUCCGUCUUGUUCACGGUGGAAGAUGUGAACGACGACGUUCCUACGUUUAGCGCAAACGUAUAUAAGUUCUACGUGUCAGAGAAUUUACCUGCGUACAACACGGUGGCUAAAAUGUAAGCCAAAGAUCGUGAUGAAGGCUCCAACAGCGAGAUAAAGUAUUCAAUUGUUGGAGUAGAGGAUGCUCGCUCCAGAGGAAAAUUUGAAAUCCAUCCAACUUCCGGUCAACUGACAACAACUGAGGUGCUAGACAGGGAGUUUAUGGAGCAGCAUGUGAUCAUGGUGGAAGCAGAAGACGCCGGGAAACCUUUGCUGAGUAGCCUGGUACGCUUGACUGUGAUUGUCACUGAUGUGAACGAUAACACUCCAGUGUUUGCUACAGAGUUGUUUAGGGCUGGAGUACCAGUUGAUGCCAAGGUUGGAUCUAGGAUUUUUUCAGUGGUGGCAUCAGACAUGGACUGGGGAGAGAAUGGCCUUCUGAGUUACUCAGUCAUUGCCGGUAACUCUGAUCAGUUCAUCGCUGUUGACCCAACUGAUGGAACUGUCACUGUUGCCCGUCCCAUGACGUCACUUAAGUCAAUUAAUUUUACAGUCAUGGCACGUGAUCAGGGUCAGCCCACCAGAAACGCUACUGCCGAAGUAAUUGUCUCUAUUUACGCCGUUGAGGGCCCUCCAAGAUUUCUUGCUUCUUCUUACAACCUGCGUGUAGCAGAAAACAAGAAAGCGGGAACUGAGGUUAUUCGCGUGCAGGCGGCAAGUGUCGAUCCUGUUAUUUCCUAUAAGAUAUUGAAUGGAAAUUCUAGAAAACAUUUUCAUUUGAAUGAAGAGACGGGAUUGCUAACUACAACGAGAUCCCUUGAUUACGAAAAAUUUGCGCGUUACCAGCUUGUUGUCAUGGCGAUAGACAGUAGUAAUCGAAUGAAUUACGUCAAAGUUGUCGUACAUGUGAUAAACGUCAAUGAUAAUGAACCUUACUUUGUGGACAUUCACAGCGGUGCUUUUGAAGGACAGGUGUUAGCUGACGCCGUCGCCGACAGUCACGUGAUGUGGCUUAAGGCACAUGACCGAGAUGGUAGUGACGUCAUAAGCUACAAGAUAGAUAACGAGAAAGCGGCUUCGUAUUUUACUGUAAACUCUGAAGGUAGUUUAAGGACAAAGAGAACAUUGAGAGGACUUCAGUCUCCGUUCGUUUUCAGAAUUGAAGCUUUAGAUAAUGGGAUUCCUUCCAGGAGUACUUUUACGUCGGUGAGGCUUGUUUUCUUGAAGUAUGAUACUCAACAGAGAGAACUGCAGGUGACUGUCCCUGAAGACGUUAAGCAAGACGUCGUGCUCAUUAAAAUAAUAGAUUCAGCUAGAAUUAAAAAUCCUAGCUUCUCGAUCAUUUACCCUGUCGGUGCACCUUUUCGUAUAGACAGUGAAACUGGGGAGAUGCGAACCUCUCGUCCACUUGAUUAUGAAUCUACACAGAAUUACAGCUUAAUACUGCAAGUACAAAACUCCAAAAACAGCGAAGAAUACACCAAUAUCGACUUAGUAGUUGAUAUUGAAGACGUAAAUGAUAACUCCCCUACCUUUACUAUGGAGAAAGAGGACGGGACGUAUAUCGCUAAGGUCAAUAGAAAUCCCGUCCAGGGUACGGUGGUGUACACGCUGACGGCAUCAGAUCGAGACUCUAGAGGCCAUCUGCGUUACUCUCUGGUCAGCAGUAGCGACGAAAACGCUGUAUUUGAGGUGGAGGGCGAGAGCGGGAGAGUGAAGACAGUCACUCAACAAGUGUUAAUGGCAGACUUUUACAACAUCACUGUGAGCGUGAGUGAUAGUGACACGCCUUCACGCCACACACGAGCCAUACUGCACGUGCAAGUUAGAGAAUACCCGCCCACCUUCAGUCGGGAGGAGUAUGUGUUUAGAAUCGAGGAAAACACGCGGAAAGGAUUCACCAUCGGCCAUAUUAAGGCGCACAGCUACUCUGGAGCGUCACUUUCAUACACUGUUGUACACGGAAACGUUCAGAAAAAAUUUAUCCUGGACAGCAACACAGGGCGUCUAGCUCUCCCCGAUCCUCUGGACUAUGAGCGUGACUCCAAUGUUUACUACAUCAGGAUAAAAGCGUUCGAGGUUGGCGUUACUCAGCGCCAGUCUUCCGAAGUCAACGUUCAAGUCUUCCUCAAAGAUAUGAAUGACAAUGCACCAGAAUUCUCUCAACAACGUUACAGGUACAUUUUACCAGAAAGUGCUCCUGUGGGAACAAUGGUGAUGGUUGUUUCAGCGCAUGACAGUGAUUCAGGAGUAAACGGACAGUUCAGAUAUUACAUGGAUAAUAAUUACUUUUCUGUAAAUCCUUACACUGGGGAAAUCACCACAACGAAACCGUUGGAUUACGAGACCGCGCGCUCGCACACCUUUGCUGUAGUGGCGCAAGAUGGCGGGAAACAAGUGCUUAGCGGAACGGCGAGAGUCGAAGUGACGCUUCAAAAUGUAAACGACAAUCCACCGCGAUUCUCACAGACAGUUUAUAAUUCACAUGUGAAUGAGGAUGCUGGCCCCGGUGAACUGGUGACGACUGUUCAAGCAGGUGACCUUGAUCUAGACCCAGUCUCCUACAGCAUCAUCUCAGGUGAUAAUAACAGUAAUUUUGUGAUUAACAACCGGACGGGUGUCGUCCGAUUGGUGGCACACAGGGCGCCAAGCCUUGUAGGUCCGUACUACGAGCUCAACAUUAGUGCCUCAGAUGGCCUUCACACAAGCCAGGCCGUGUUAAUAGUGGCUAUUCAGGAUAUAAACAAUCACAAACCAAUGUUCAAAGACUGCGACAAGUACCAACCGGUUAUCGCAGAAAACCUUCCUCCGGGAUCCCCAGUUAUUCAGGUCAGUGCAGAAGAUAGAGACGUGGGUCUGAACGGAAAAGUCAGUUACCAAAUUGAGCGGCCAUCUAUCGGGAUACCUUACUUUCAAAUAAACAGUAAUUCCGGUCUGGUAACCACUGCCGUGACCUUUGACCGUGAAUAGAAGCGAUCCUACCAGAUAAGGAUCACGGGAAAGGACGGAGGACCUUACCAAGAAGAAGCAGAGAGGCUGAUGGGAUUCUGUCAACUGGAAAUAAAGAUCGAGGACGUCAAUGACAACGAUCCUGUUUUUAGUAACACUCCAUUCAAAACCAAUAUAAAGGAGGACCUAGAAAAAGGGGAUAUAGCACUUCAUGUAAGCGCCACCGAUGAGGACGCCGGUAGUAAUUCGCUCAUAACGUACUCUCUUGAAACACCAAACAAGCAAUUUAUGAUAUCCAACAGCACGGGAAUUAUAACCACCAAAGGUCCACUGUCCUCGACAAAGUACCAGUUCAGAGUGAUUGCGCAAGAUAAUGGAAAACCGCCGCGGUCCUCUAAAGCAGUUGUAGACAUCAGUGUUUACAAAGCCGGAAAGGACCCGCCAAAGUUCACGGAAGACGUGUAUAUCGCACGUGUUCGCGAGGAUGUGCGCCAAGGGAAUAGGGUCACGCGCGUGUUGGCAACAAGCCCGGAUCCCCAGAAUCUGAUUUUUUAUAGUAUUGUGAAUUUUCCACAGCCUGUUUACAUUGAUCCGGUUCAAGGAGUUAUAGUGACUCAGCGUACCCUUGAUUACGAAUUAGCAUCAAAUUACACAAUACACAUCCUUGCUCAAGAUAGUCAAGAUCCACCGCUUAUGUCGUUCGCUCGGCUUGAAAUUCUCGUGGAGGACGUCAAUGAUUCACCGCCUCAGUUUCCGGUGUCAAAAUACGAAGGACAAGUUGCCGAGAAUUCACCGGUCGGCAGCUCUGUCAUCGAAGUGAAAGCCGAUGACCCAGAUAAGGGUGAAAAUGGAAGAGUUUCUUACGCCUUCAUCAGAAAAGAAAGCAAUGAAUCAUUUGAGCUAAACUCGAAGACUGGGCUUAUCACCACCAAAGAGGUAUUUGACCGUGAGGAGACUGGACGUUACACCUUGAUUGUGGAAGCACGUGACCAUGGAGAUCCUCGCAAAGCGUCAAGUUGUCUUGUGGAUAUCAUAAUCAGUGAUCAGAACGAUAACCGUCCUGUGUUUGAUCAGACUGUGUACAAUGCAACUGUUCACGAAGAUGCUUCUAGAGGAACACACAUUCUCGAAGUAUCUGCAGUGGAUGACGAUAUUGGAAACAAUGCUGUGGUGAACUAUUUCAUCACGGCGGGAAAUACCCGAGCGGCUUUUGCCAUUAACAAGGAUCUUGGACAAAUUGUCGUGGCGAGUUCUUUAGAUCGCGAAACACAAGAUAAUUACAAGCUCAUGAUACGGGCAGUUGACGGGAAAAACUCUGGUACGGCUGUGGUCAUUAUACACGUCAAAGAUGUCAAUGAUAACAACCCUGUGUUCGCUAACACAACGUAUGUAGCCAAAGUAUACGAAAACCAGCCAGCCGGAAGUUACGUCACGACAUUGUCAGCAUCUGAUAAGGAUCUCGGACUGGGUGGAGAGUUCUCGUUUUCGAUCAGUGGUCAGGGAAAAGACGCUUUUGAUAUCGACCCAAUUACCGGUGUCGUAACGACUAUCAAACCUCUAGACCGAGAAGCUAAGGGGCGUUACGACUUCCUUGCGUUUGCCACUGACAAUCCUAAUGCAGAACCGGGCUCUCGGAGGACCGGUUCUUGCGAUGUGGUGGUUUGGAUCCGGGACAUCAAUGACAAAAGUCCGCAGUUCCCGGAUGAUGUAUACGAGGGAACUGUGAAAGAGAACCAGCUUCCAGGCGCUCGUGUCAUGGUCUUGACGGCAGUCGACGAAGAUGACCCUAAUGAAAACGGAAACGCUGUCAUGUCUUACAAACUAAUUGAUAAUGCAGGUGGACUCUUUGAAAUCGAUCGCGACUCAGGAUUAAUUUCAACGCGCAAAAGACUAGACCGAGAAACUGUCGACGAAUACCGACUGGUUGCCAACGCUACAGACCGAGGUCGACCGGCGCUCUGGGGUCAAGUGGAGGUCAUGAUCAGGGUGGCGGAUGACAACGAUCAUCCGCCGCGGUUUACUGAGCAGACUUUUGUCGCCAGCAUUUUCGAGAACGCAUCCAUUGACUCGUCCGUGAUGACACUCAAGGCCACCGACGAAGACAUCGGUAGUAAUGCCAGGUUACGCUACAGUAUUAUAGAAGGGGGCGCUGAUGCGGAGGAGGAUGGCAGUAGAAUGUUCCGUGUUGUGGAAGAUACUGGAGUCAUUCAGGUAGCUAGAAGCUUAGAUUACGAGACACAGAAGCAAUACACUCUAAAAGUCAUGGUGCGGGACUCUAGUCCUCCUUUCUUUAGCGACAAAGCGGAAGUAAUGAUCACCGUUCAAGAUUACAAUGACAAUCCCCCAGUAUUUAAUCCCGUAUCGUACGCGGAAAUAGUCAAUGAGGAUGUUACCCCUGAGUAUUUUAUCAUGAAAGUUACCGCCACGGACACGGACUCAGGCAGCAACCGAGACUUCAAGUUUUCCAUUUUUGAGGGUGAUCCCGAGGGACAAUUUCGUAUUGACCCCGAUCGGGGAAACCUUUAUGUACACCGCAAUCUGGAUAGGGAGAAACGAGCGGUUUAUCUGCUCACUGUUAGAGCUACGAAUACUGCAACUCCUCCCCUGUAUGGUCACGCUUCAGUUAAAAUCACCUUGAAUGAUGUGAAUGACAAUGGUCCAACUUUCCACCCGUCAGAAAUCCGCUUCAGUGUCAAAGAAAACUCUAAACCUCCUCAGUACCUAGGAAAAAUUAGCGUUGAUGAUCCAGAUCUUGAUCCUCCUAAUGGAGCUCCGUUCUUUUUUGAGAUUGUCACCGGCAACGAUCAAGGCCUCUUUGAGCUGAAUAACAGAACGGGAGAGAUGUCUACACGAGCAGUGUUUGACCGUGAAGAACGCGAAUCUUACAGGCUCGUGGUAGCAGCGUGGGACAGUGGCAACCCAAGGAAAAAUACAAAGACUUCACUCUUUGUGCACAUUUUAGAUGAGAAUGACCAUCAACACUCGGUAGGAACGUUAAAUCUCGAGCUGAAUUCGUAUCAAGGCAAGUUUCCAGGGGGGAAGAUUGGAAAAGUGUACGUGGUGGACGAAGACAUCAAUGAUGACAGACAUUACAAAUUGAUAUCCAAUAGCUCCCGUUAUUUCACCAUUCAGCCGACGACAGGAAUGAUAAUAAGCCAGCCGAAUCCUCCUGAAGGAAAUCACUACUUGUCUGCCAUAGUUUCUGAUACUAACAGCAUCUUCACAUCGGUGAUCUGUUCCGUGUUCAUCAAAGUCAAGCAGGUAUCAGCUGAAGCUGUCCACAACAGUAUGGCGAUAAGACUCGGUGGUGUUACGCGUAAAGAGUUUAUCGUUUCAGUUCUAGCGAGAUUCAAGGAGUCAGUGGGAAGCAUUCUUGGAACUGACGAAGACAACGUGGAUUUAUUUAGCGUUCAGGACGCACCAAGGGUACCGCGAGCUAUCGACGUUAGGUUCGCGGCUCAUGGAAGUCCUUACUAUGCCCCUGAGAAAAUGAUCGCUAUCUUGAAGAACAACCGACCCAGUUUGAACAAAUCAUUGGCUGUGUUUAACGCGAAAGUUUUGGCCGUCGGUGUAGAUGAAUGCCUGCAUGAGCCGUGUGAGUCUGGUGGCUGUACAAAUGUGUUGAUUGCUAAUGGAGAGGUGGAGGUGAUUUCUGAGAGAGGAACGUGUUUUGCGUCCAUAGUUGCGAUCCUUGAACCACGCUGUGAUGAUUGUAAGGGGAACCAAAAAGAUAUGACGAGGUGUAAAUCAAAGCCGUGUUUGAAUGGAGGCACGUGUAUGGACACUCCUCAAGGACACAAGUGUCGAUGUAUUAAGGAUCACGAUGGUCCCAACUGUGAAUUUACAACGCGAAGCUUUGUGCCUGGCGAGUGGCUGUGGCUUCCAGCACUGGAACAGUGCAGUCUAGGUUCCCUGUCACUCGAGUUUGCCACCAGAGAACCAAACGGGCUUCUGUUGUAUGGAGGUCCAACUUCCCCCGUGCGGGAGGGAGACGUGCAUGAUUUUAUAACGCUUGAACUGGCAGACGGUAAGAUUCGUGUGAACAUGUCUCUUGGGGACCGCAAUGAUGUGGUGCGCGCCGGAGUUCCUGGUGGGAUGGCCCUGAAUGACGGUGAAUGGCAUCAUAUUGAGGUCUACCGGGACGGAUCAUUUGUACGUGUUACGGUGGAUAAGUGCAAAGGAGCACGGGUGGAGGCGGGACGCGUGUCUAGAGCUGUCGAAGACAUGUCUCACUGUUCUUCCACAGCAACAUUGAGAAAAAAGAACAAGUUUUUGAAUUUAAACGGGCCCUUGCAGCUGGGUGGAGUAUCAACCACUAAUCUUCUUUACCCCAAACUGACUGUUGCCAAUUACGAAGGCUGUAUACGGAAUGUGAUAAAUCAGGGCAGAUACUACGAUCUGAAGACACCCAUCCACAGAAAUGGCACCAAAGAAGGAUGUCCUAUGGUGGAUCAACAUUGCAGGAAACACCAGUGUGACGCCCGGUCCAAAUGUGUUCCUUCCUGGACUGGGUACUCAUGUCAUUGCCAAUUUGGUUUUACCGGUUCCACUUGUGGCAGAAUUAGUCAUGCGAAACGCAAAAGUCAAAAGCGCUUUAUUUACAGAGGAGUGAAAAAAACGAGAGAGGUUUGGGUCGGGUCGCGUACUGAACCGACCUUUGUUCUGAUCGGUCGCUGA